AGUUGCCUGGCAUGCGGAAGAUGGAGCCGAAGGACGUCCCGCAGGUAGCUGAGCUCCUGACGGGCUACCUCAAGAAGUUCCCGUUGCACCCGGACUUCAACCAGGACGAGGUGGCGCAUUGGAUGCUCCCGCGCGACGGGGUCAUGUACUCGUUCGUCCGAGAGGGCGACAACGGAGAAGUGAACGACGUGUGCUCCUUCUACCAGCUGCCCUCGAGCAUCCUGGGCAACGAGAAGUACAGCCUGCUCAAGGCGGCAUAUUCCUACUGGAACGUUGCCACGUCCGUCUCGCUGGUGGACCUGAUGACCGACGCGCUCAUCCUGGCCAAGCAGCAUGACUUCGACGUGUUCAACGCUCUCAACGUCAUGGAGAAUGACAAGUUCUUGAAGGAUCUGAAGUUUGGUAUCGGCGACGGCUUCUUGCAGUAUUACCUCUACAACUGGAAGUGCCCGAAGAUCGAGCCCUGCGGCAUCGGCCUCGUGCUCCUCUGAGAGGGGGCGCGCGGCGGGCGCCCUCCGCGGCCCGCGCGCCGGACGGCCCUCCGCGCCGCGCCGCGCCCACCGCGGGGGAGGGGCGACCAGUCGGGCCCCCCGUCCUCAUCGUCGUCGCCCUCGUCCGUUUCCUCCUCCUCCUCCUGCGUUUCCUGCUCCUCCGCCUCCUCCUCCUCAUCCUCCUCCUCCUCCUCCUCCUC